AUUUUGGGUUAAGUGACAACAAAGCUCUUUUGUGCGGGUUUUAAUUUCUUUCUUUUUUUUUAGUAUUCAAGCUGAGUAAUGAGUGCUCUCUUCAAUUUUCAAAGUUUGUUGUCGGUAAUUUUAUUGAUGAUAUGUACCUGUGCCUAUCUACGUUCGCUUUUUCCCAGCAUAAUGGAUCGCAAUAAGACCGGAUUUUUGGGGGUUUUCUGGAAAUUAGCUCGUAUUGGCGAGCGUAAAUCACCAUAUGUAGCUGUGGCUUGCAUCGUUAUGGCUACGUCAUUGCUAUUCUGGACAUGAUGGAUAUAGUUUUCGAAUGAGAAACUUUAGGUGAUCUUUUCUUUUGCGUUUAUUUUUGCAACUAAAAUUUUUUGUUUUUCUUAAGAGUGUCGCUAUUUAAUUAAGAAAGCGAUUGAUUUCGUCACUAUAUAAAAUUGCAUUUUGUUUACAAUAAUAAAUGUACAUGCUACUACGAUUUUGUAACAUGAUAAAGCGAAAAAAAACUUGCAUCUAAACAAUCUUAUCUUAAUUUCGAUGUUUAACUGCAAGUCUUGGCAUUAAUUGUUGAGACGAAUUCGCGCGUACAGUAGUAGUAGCAAAGAAUGAAGCAAUUUGAAUUAAGGUUGUUCCUCCAUCAUGACAAGGUUUUUGUCCUAUCAAAAAUUAAUAAGCAGCAAUAAGAUAUCUAACAAUAAAAGGGAAAAUGUCCGAAAAAACAAAGAUAUAGAAAGAAGUAAAGUCAGCUUACUAUUUACCUUGAGUUCAAAUUGUAAACACACACAUUCUGUUAUAACACAGUCUACGUCGAACUUUCGAAAUUCUGCAGAUUAAGGCGAUUUUCAAUUUAAUUCUUAGCAGAAUUCGUAACAUAUCAAAUUCGGUCAUUAAAUAUGCUAUAUUUUGAAACAUGAACCGUAAACCUCACUGAGUGAUAUGGUUUCUUGAUAAGUAAUUGGGUGUUCAUGUAUACAUCAUUGAAAUUCACAAAGUCGCGAAAAUUUAUAUAACAGGUAAUAUUUUA